AUGACGUCAGGCCCAGCUGCCUCCCGGAGCCCCCGCGCCUUUCUCAUUGGCCCGGCGCACGAGGCUGCCUGGCCAAGCCGCGGCUCAUUGGCUGACCGAGCUGCCGCUCUGCAGCUGCCGCCUCCUGAGGAGUCCCCGGCCAGCCGGCAGCAGCAGCAGCAGCAGCAGCUGGACGCCUGCAUUGCCGCGCUCACCGCCACCACUGCCAUUGGCCCUGCCAUCGACACCAAGCAGGUCGAUCUCUGCGCUGGACUGGGGCCGCCGCUCUGCACAGUGUCUUGCCCCAUUGCUGCUCUGUCCGUCCAUAUUUACGGUGUUGAGAUUUGGGGCGGGCGGGCAGCACCUGCUCCCUCGGCUCCAUUUUCUCUCCCCAGCCUUGCUCCUGAGGCAGCGGCGGUGGUGAUGGCGGUGGAUGGCCGUCACUGCCAGGCAACCAACGUUCUCUGCCCACCCACGUCCUCUGAGAGGCGCUUCCCUCCUCUCGUUGAUGCAGACAGCUCCCGUGAAGGCAUGCUGGGCUGUGCAGCCCUUCCAAAGAUCUUUUGUGAUCGCCCACGUGGCCGUGCGCCUGAUUCCCGAGAUCUCUGUUACGCCUACACCUCCCAGCAGGCCUUCAGUUUCUGGGAAUUAGCCAGCAUGGAAGAGGAACUCACGGAAGAGUUGCCUGGUGGGGGCUCCUCUUCAUCCUUACAGGUGGAGGAGGGCCCCGGGACGACUUCUACAGCCCUAGAGGUGGAAGAGGAAAUUAUCGUACCCACUUCCACAGAGGGUGAUGAUGAGGACACGGUACUGCCGAAGUCGACAUCCCUAGAAGGGGAAGAUGACCUGAAGGACUCCUCCUUCCUCCCUUCUUCAGAGUGGGGGACCUCAGAGUCAGCAAGCGUACAAGGGCAGAGCCCAAGCGAACUGUCUUCCCCAGCCCUGGGAAGUUCUGAGGACAUGUCCUGGUCCACACCCUCCUCGCCUUCAGUAUCGCCCUCCUCUUGCAAGAGGCACCGGGACAGGCUGCAAGCGCUAGAAGAAGAGGGAGAUGGCACGGAGGAGGUGGAGGAGACCCACACCGACCUGAGCAGCAUCUCUCCCCAGAGGACCCCAGGGGAGCAGAAGAAAGCAAAGAAGAAGGCAGUUGCUAAGAAAGGAGCCCUGAGUAGGUCCCAUUAUACGGUGAGGGCCGUGGUGCCAGCAGAGAAGGCCGAGCUGCUGUCAGUGGCUAAAGCAAUGCACCGGGAGAACUUCGGCAAGAACGUCAAGGACCUCUUCCACCUGGAGAAGGAGGCAGCCCUGCGGUCCAUGGAGACAGGCCUCUACAUUGGCUGGCGCUGUCCUGAAUACCUGUGGGACUGUUUCCGCGUCAGCGACGAGUCCAAAUGUUUCUGUGGUCACCUGCUGAAGCUGCAUCAGGUCUAUGUGGAGAGGAGGGCAACGGUGCCCUGCACAGUCCCUGAUUGCAAAUGCCAGGGCUACAUGUUCAUCCCAUCGCGCCCAGAGGAGGUGGGCGAAUUCUGGCUGCGGAGAAGGACGGGCUUUGAUCCAGCUGCCUGGCGGGCAAAAUGCCGCUGCAAGCACACCCAUGAGGAGCACGUGCCGACUGGAGCUCGUGCCUGCGGGGCCCGAGGCUGCUCCUGCUCGGGCUUCACGUCCAACUUCCUGUGCGCAGCCUGCGACCGGCGCUGGGAGGAGCACGAGACCUUCUUCGAGUCGGAGGAGACGCGUCGCAAAGGCGGCCGGCCAUGCGGAGAAGCCUAUCUGCCUUUUGCCGAGAUGCCUGAACUGCGCAACGCCGUGCUCACUGGGCGCACUGAGGACCACUCCGCCUACCAGGCCCUGCAGCAGGGCCCGGCCUACCAAGCCUUGCCUGCCCCCUCCGGCUCACGUGCUCUGCCUCUUCCCCCCUCAGGGCCACGGAGGCUAGUGGAGAAAGACGACAAGAAGGCCUAG